AAAGCGUCACUCACAUUUCCACGCAGUCCAGCAGCUGCGGGGUGUGCUGUCGAGGCAGUGCGCACUACAGAGUGAACACUAAUCACUGCAGAGCUCUGACAGCACAGGAGAGGAGAGGCGCGGGUUCAAACUAGCGCAGCAGCAGCAGCACAGACGGAAGACUGAAGAGAGAAUAACGCUGAACACAGUGAACGAGUUCAGAGACCCCUGCUGUCACCCAGCCUGCGCCAUCGGCUACAAUGAGUGCCAAAUCGGCCCUCAACAAGGCGAUCUUUAUUCCCAACGAUGAGAGGCUGCUGGCAGCCGUGCAGGUGAAGAGGAGGACGAAGAAAAAGAUCCCGUUUUUAGCUACCGGAGGCCCUGGUGACUACACCACAUUCAUUUGCUUAUCAGUGACCAAUAAGAAGCCAGCGCAGGUGUUCCUCACGAAGGUGAAGCAGUUUGAAGGCUCCUCGUCUUUCGUCAGGAGAUCACAGUGGACCAUCAGUCAGCUGCGGCAGGUCAACGGCAUCGACUCCGUCCGAGAUUGCCCAGAGUUUGACUUGAUAUUUGAGAACGGAUUCGACCAGUGGACUGCGGGUUCAGCUGGAGAGAAGUGCGUGUUUGUCCAGGUCCUGCAUCACACAUGUCAGCGGUUCAUCCCCGAAAGAAAACCAGACUUCAUCAACUGCCACUCCAAACUGCUGGGAGGGAACAGCAUCCUGCACGAGGCAGCAGACAGCGUUAGCAACGCGGUGCAGAAGGCCAGUCAGGCGCUGAACGAGCGCGGCGAGAGACUGGGACGCGUCGAGGAGAAGACGGGCGAGAUGAUGAACAGCGCCCAGCAUUUUGCCGACACUGCACACAAGCUUGCCAUGAAGCACAAGUGUUAAGCCUUUGCCACCUUUGCCAUACUUUUGGAGAAUCUGGUACAAAUUCCUCACCCCUGCUUAACCGCUGCUGUCAGAGAGCGUUACGGGACGUGCAUGAAUAUCAUAUGAAGAACAGUGUGUAUCAACAUGGCUGAGGCCUUGAAAAGAUCAUGCUUCCUCUACACAUGGAUGGGAUACUUGGUCAUUGCAAGCUUAAACAAAGCCUUACUCCUGUGUCCUCACUCUGACAGACCUUAAUUAUAAUUUUAAAAGAUUCAUACAAAAGAUUUUAAAUAGUUUCAAGGUUCAAAUGCCUGCUGAUAUAUGAUAUCCCUUCUUUUUUGUUUGCUUGUUUUAACCUAUUUAGUGUUUGAUAAGUGCCAUCGUGAAAGAAUUUUAGUGCGAUUAUUAGAAAUAUAUGUAUUUUUUUGUAAAAAUCCAUCUAAAGGGUUUGAAAAAAUAGCUUAUUCUAUUUUAGCAUAAUCGUUUUUUGUUUUAGUUUUUUUUU